AUGCUGGGAGGUUACCAGGACGGAUACUCACGUCCUCGGGAUGGCUCUAGAUCGAGCUCCUCCAACACGACCCCCACCUCGACCGCCCCGCCAACCGUAGGCUCUGCUCGGCUUGCUGCGCAAUCCAACGAUGUCCCCGCCUACAUCAAUUCCCAAACUCCCACCUACCAUCCUCACUCUCACCCCCAAACCCCAGACUCCCACUUCCCUCCGCCGCCCAUGACCUCUCACUCUAGUUAUGGGAUUCAACCCGACCAUCCGUCUGCCUCCAACCCUCAGCAUGCCUACGCCCAGCCUCAACCCCAGCCUAGCCAUGCCUCAACCGACCAGGACAACGACCACCCUAUGACCUCCGGCCCUUCCACCUACGCUCAAAACUCCCCCGAAUCCCCGCGUUUACACCCGACUUCCCGCUCCAUGCAAUCCGUACCUGGCUCCGAAGCCAACUCCCCGAGUCGGAUCCGUGUCCAGAGCUUGUCGCACAUCCAGAGCCUAGCCAGCGAAGACUUCCUCGCCCAGUCGCAGAGAUCACAUCUCCCCGGCCAUGGACUCCAACCGCGCAAAUAUGAGAUCAGCUCGAUGCCCGUCACUGAUAUCAUCGAGAUGGUCGCCGGCCUUCUCACCAAAAUUACCACCACCAACGAUAAACACCACGAGGAUAUCCAUCGCCACAUUCCACCUCCCGACGGGACAAGCAAUCUCAGUCCACAAGCGACCAGCGUUCUUGCCUUCCACGGCAAAAACGUUCCCAGCAUUACCAUCCUCAGCUAUCUUACCCGCAUACAUAAAUAUUGCCCUACUACAUACGAGGUUUUCCUCAGUUUGCUGGUCUAUUUUGACCGUAUGACCGAGCUGGUCAACCAGGACCAGUCACAAAUUCGCUGGGAGGGAUCCUCGAUUGAACCAUCCGGAUCAUCCGACAACCAACAUCAACAUCAACAACACCAACACACACCGGAUCACUCGAUAGUAACACCGCCAUCAUCCACGCGAAUGACCGCACAGGACCCAAAGAGUCCCAACUCCUCCAUAUCACCCGGUUUAUAUCCCCAAGGCGAAGACGGAAACCUGUCCCACUUUUUCGUCGUCGAUAGCUUUAAUAUUCAUCGACUGGUCAUCGCAGGCGUGACUUGCGCGAGUAAAUUUUUCUCCGACGUGUUCUAUACCAAUUCCCGAUAUGCAAAGGUUGGCGGCCUCCCAUUAGUAGAGCUGAAUCACCUUGAGCUCCAAUUCCUCCUGUUAAACGACUUCCGUCUCGCAAUCCCAGUUGAAGAACUGGAGGCCUACGGCACAAUGCUAGUAGAAUUUUACGCGCGAGAAGUUGUCGCGCAACAAGCCCAGGAGCGCGCGAUGGCCAUACCAAGAGCCAUCAACCCGCCCUCAGAUCCACACUCAGAGGCCAUGUAUAUGCGCUCCUCCCGCGAUAAACGACAACCAGGUCUAGGGCAAACACCCACCCCGCCCUAG